ACUCCUGGGAGUGUGUUCUCUGCCAAAUUUAACCUCACACAUACAGGGUCCUCAUAGCUCCAUAAAAUCUCAGUCGAGCUCAGUGUGAGUCCAGCAUUCACAGCGAAAGUGUGUCUGAGUGUUUGUGUGUGUUUGUAAGGGUUCCUGUGCUGGAUGUGAACAAAGACUGAAGAUAUUGUUAUUUCCUGUUGUCUGUAUCUCCCUGUGUAGCGUGUGGAAAUGGGAGACUUUGGUUCUCUGGGUAAAUUGCUGGAGAAAGCUCAGGAGCACUCCACAGUUGUUGGAAAAGUAUGGCUGACCGUUCUCUUCAUUUUCCGUAUUCUGGUGCUCGGAGCAGCGGCUGAGAAGGUCUGGGGAGAUGAACAGUCAGGUUUCACCUGCGAUACGAAACAGCCUGGUUGUCAGAACGUCUGCUAUGACAAAACCUUCCCCAUUUCUCAUAUCCGCUUCUGGGUCAUGCAGAUCAUUUUCAUCUCUCUGCCAACACUCAUCUACUUGGGUCACAUCCUGCAUCUGGUGAGGAUGGAUGAGAAGAGGAAGGAAUUGAUAAAAUCUGGCCAGAUCUCUGAGAAGCAAGCACUACUGCCUUCUGGGAAAUCCCGGAAAGCUCCGAUCAUCGAUGAACGUGGAAAAAUCCACCUGCAGGGAGCGCUGCUUCGCACCUACGUGCUUAAUGUCAUCUUCAAGACACUGCUGGAGGUGGGCUUUAUUGUGGCACAGUACUUCCUGUAUGGGUUCCAGCUGAAGCCCAUGUACACCUGCAGCAGUUGGCCAUGUCCAAACACAGUGAACUGCUACAUCUCUCGACCAACGGAGAAAACCAUCUUUAUCCUGUUCAUGCUGGCUGUGGCCUGCUUGUCGCUGCUGCUGAACAUGGUGGAGAUGUACCACCUGGGCUUCACCAAGUGCCGCCAGGGCCUGCGAUAUCGCCGCUCACAGCUCAAUGGCAACCCUAAAGGCCCCAGUGAGGAUGCUGUGGUGCCGUUCGUGGCCAGUUUCCCUUAUUUCCCAACCCAUCCACCUGAACACCAGUACAGAAUCCCCGACAUGGAUGCCACAUUACCCGCCUACAAACAGAACCGCCAGAAUCUUGCUGUAGAGCGCGGUAGCGGCAAGCCACCUGGCCUGGGAACCAAGACAGACACAAUGGAAACCCAGAUUGACACCACCAGCAUAGAUGCCAUGCCAGAUGCUGUGGCCCUGGAGACCACCAGGGUGAAGAAGACCUCAAGUUCUGCCCCCGGAUCUCCUUACAACCAGCGCAGGCCCAGCUACGCUAGUCGCUACAGCAACAACAAGACCAGGCUGGAUGACCUGAAGAUAUGAGAAGAGUGAAGGGUGGAGGAAUGAAGUUUGAGGCCAGAGUAAAUGGUGGUGACAUAAGAAUUCUCACAGAUCCAUGAAAAAUAAGUAUUUGUGUUUUCUGUAAAUUUGUAAGAAUUCCUAGUGUCACUGUGAGACUGAAUGAGAGUGAAGCACUACCAGGAAUGAUUUCUUGGUAUGUAUGAGAGAGAGAGAGAGAGAGAGAGAGAGACAGAGAGAGGGGCUUUGAAUUGAAUGAAACAUGUGGUGACCAGUUAUCUUAACAUCACAUACAAAGAAAUACUAAAAUACUUGAGAAAAUGUAUUUUGUUUCUUUACUUAAUGGGACGUCAAUUCCCUAAUGGGAAAACGAUUUCCUGAAAGUCUAUGUGGACCUUGAGGUUGGGAUGAUACUAAUGACCUUAGUGCAGGUCAUUUUUAAAAAGUGGUAUGUUAGUCAAAUGAUUACAACAAAAAUAUAGGGAAUAUUAUUUGUGCUGCACUGUCCACUGUGGGUGGUACUGCUUUUUAUUACAUAUUCCCGGUACACACGUGACACUGUGGACCUCGCCUUGUCAUGAGCACAUUGGCCAGUGUUCAACCUCACUUACAAGAUAACACCUUACGUCUAUAUAGGUAUGGAUGUUCACAAGCCAUCACAAGCCAUUUUAGCUUGCCAGUGUUUUGUAUUUGUAUUUGUACUUGAUUAUUAUUGUAACUGAAUACUUAUUUGUUUUGUCAUGAAAGAAACAAACUUAUACGGUUGAUAAAAACCUCAAACAACAACUGUCAUUCACAUUAAAUGCCUUAAAAUUUUAAUUUCUCAAAUUUUUAUUUUAGAUUUAAUAAUAAAUAAUAAUGACAAGCUAGCUAUGUUAUCUAUGUUAUCAACACACUGAUAUAUUCUAAGCUUUAUUACCUUUACUGGAGUGAAUAGCAUCAGUGCUAGCUGCACAGAUAACUUGUGAACAGGAUCUAAGGCAGGUUUUUUUUUAGUAUCCUAAAUGAGUCCUUUAAUCUGGCUGUUGUUUUCUUAACAUAGUGUAGCAGAACCAUUUUUCGAUUUUGCAAUGUAUAACUGAUUCAUUAUGCUGUUUACUCUGUGUGGAACAGAAUAAUCAGAAUAGCGGUUGGGGGAUAAAGCAAGUCUGACAGAAGUCAGUAUAGGCUGCUGCUACCUAAACCCCACUGCUAACUGAGACUAGCAAAAUUCCUGUUUAAAACAAACAGGAAAUGAAGUAAAAUCAUAUCUUACCUUUUCUGCUGCUAGUUUUGAUUUUAGGGGAGUACUUGUUUAUUUAUAUUUUUUGGAGCUGUUUUAUGUUUUCCAUUUCUCAGGGUUUUUGCUGUGUUUUGUCUCUAUUGUAAAAACUGCUGUCUGAGCCAAUCAGCUUCUUGUGUGCUGUAAUGUCAAUGUUUACCAAUAAACCAAAUUAAGCACAAAUUUAAA